GAGCGGUGAUGCAGCGUUGGAUGCUGGACUGCAGGCUGAGUAGACUCCACAAGUGGACGGACAGACACUCAGUCAAUGGAGAGACUGAUCCCCGGUGCAGAGUGUGCAGGAAAGUGAGGGAUGCGAUGCGUGUAUGAGUCCAGGUGGAAUGAAGAGUAGGAUAAACACCUUUGGUGAAGGGUUGAUGCUACUUUGCGAUAUGGCACGGAUUUGCACUCUCGCAAAUGCGCAUUUUGCAAAAAUGACAUAGCACCUAAAACCAUGGGAUUGCACCAGGAACAGAACUCACUCACAACCUGAAUGAAAAGAGGAAAGGGGGACUAUAUUUACGCCGGAAUUCACUUUUGGUUGUUUUUUUCUUAUACCUGGCGGUUGUGAGCAGAGUGAACUAUGAAUCUGGGCAAAGCACUUUUGUUUUUCCUCCUUUCUAACUGUGUGACAAUAAUCCUGUCACUAUCCACUUGCACCACUGUGGACAUUGACCAUAUCAAGAAGAAGAGAGUAGAGGCUGUCCGGGGCCAGAUUCUCAGUAAGCUUCGACUGACCAGUCCACCUCAGACAACAGGUCCGAGUCAAGUACCGUUUCAGGUUCUGGCCCUUUAUAACAGCACCAAGGAGCUGAUUGAGGAGCUGGGAAGAGACAGGCAGCAAAGCUGUGGGCAGGAUAACACAGAGACUGAGUACUAUGCCAAAGAGAUUUACAAGUUCAACAUGGUCAAUGGUCCUCCGGAAAACAAUGACCUCCCUUACUGCCCAAAGGGAAUCACCUCUAAGGUAUUUCGCUUCAACGUCUCCACCAUGGAGAAGAACUCCACCAACUUGUUCAGGGCCGAGUUUCGAGCUCUGAGGAUCCCCAACCCUGCUGCCAAGAAAAACGAACAGAGGAUUGAGCUCUACCAGAUCCUCCAGAAAGAUGACCCCAAAGCCAAACAGCGUUACGUCGGGGGCAAGAAUGUCCUGACCAAGGGGAUGCUGGAGUGGGUCUCUUUCGACGUUACAGAGACAGUGAGGGAGUGGCUCAUGUACAGACAGACCAAUCUGGGCCUGGAGAUCAGCGUACAUUGUCCCUGUCACACCUUCAAGCCCAACGGGGACAUUAUUGAGAACGUCAACGAGGUGCUGGAGGUCAAGUUUAAAGGUAUGGAGGCAGACUUUGAGGAUCUGAGCCGUACCAAGAAACAAAGGGAGCAGCUGUACCCCCAUCUCAUUCUCAUGAUGCUGCCUCCCCACAGACUGGACACGCACUCCUCCUCUCGCAGGCGCAAAAGAGCACUUGACACCAACUACUGCUUCAACAACUACGAGGAGAACUGCUGUGUGCGGCCACUUUAUAUUAAUUUCCGCCAGGAUUUGGGCUGGAGGUGGAUCCAUCAGCCCGAGGGUUACUACGCCAACUUCUGCUCGGGUCCUUGUCCUUACCUACGCAGCGCUGACACCACCCACAGCACGCUGCUGAGUCUGUACAACACCUUGAACCCGGAGGCGUCGGCCUCACCCUGCUGCGUCCCCCAGGACCUGGAGCCCCUCACCAUCCUCUACUACGUGGGCCGCUCGCCUAAAGUGGAGCAGCUGUCCAACAUGGUGGUCAAGUCCUGCAAGUGCAGCUAGGAGGAGCACAAAGACACGUCCUGCACUACUCAGGAGCGGCUCCAAGAGCUUUGAAGAGCUCCUUCUUCAGCCUCAUACGACCCAGCUUCAUCUCACAGACCACGUCAAGACUGAUGACGCCGUCAAACCCAACAGACCUCUCCAUGACCCUUCUUUAACCAUCUUUCUUACGUUCCUAUUUCAUAUUCCAGCAUUUUCUACAUUCUCAUCCUGUUUUGAUCAAAAGGAGAAUAGAACAAAACUUGUCUUGGAAUGACCACUGCAUUCUUAAGGACGUAGAAACAUCGCAGUCCAAAAGAACGUUGAAAAAAAAAAAAAAAAAAAAGACUGAGAAGAGAGCCUGAACUCAGCAUGACACGACACAAAGGACGCGUUUGGAUGUCCGAGCUGGAAAGCAAUGCUGUGCUACACUGUGUAUUUAGGAUUAAAUGCUGUUGAACACAAAAUAUGAUAAAAAUGCUGGAAACCAACCUACUCCAAGUCGUAGUUCAACGGGGAUGCUGAUACCUCUGCAUUGCAACAAGGAUUAUUUCACUUGAAAGUAACGCCUGUCUGUUGUGUGAGAGCGUGGGAUGGGCAUUGGACUGCAUUUCCUUGAUUGGCUAGCAAUUAAUACAUUAAUUGUCUUUGUGUUAUUUUAAUAUUAUUUUUCAUGGACUGGAAGAUUCUGCCUCUCAAUGUUCCAAACUCCUGUUUCCAUGCUGGUGUCACGGAGAGCAGAAUAAUGCUGUGCCACAGAGUGAAUGUAGCUUAACCUCAAGUCAACAAGUAGUAAACGCCACAAUUUCUUCAAGAAGAUCCAAUCCAAUUUACACAAUGACUAAUGUAGGGCCAUCUUGAAUGAGAGUGUGGAUGUCACCACGUGAACACUAACUUAGAUCACAAACUGUAAAUUAUGUUCUUAUUACUCCUGGAAACACAACUGUUUUUAAUUAAAAUGACAGUUGGGUAGACUUGUUUAGUAGUGUUGGGAAUGUUUUUAUCUAUGACACAUUAUUGAGCACUUCAACAAUUAUUUAAAAACAAACAGAGUAAUAACACUUUUGAAUUUCGAUUAAUCGUGGUUAAUAACAGUAAAUUACUUGAAAGGACCCCAAUAUUUUGACACAAAUGCAAUUUUAUUGUCAGAAUGUCAUACAGUAACAUUUUAAAAAUGUUUUACUUGAAUGCACUACAUUUAUUUAAUCAAACAGUUGUAUCCAAAGUCCUGUCUGAGUGUAUUUUGAAACAAAAUGAUCCAGCAAGCACCCCAGUCGGAGUCUCCUCACUCAUCUUUGCUCUGACUAAUGCAUUGACCUGAUCACAUGACAUGUAUAACAACUUUCAGGUAACCAUCUGUGGAUUUCUGGGAAAAACAAAUUGCUUGAUUAAUCUGCGUUAAUACAUGAUUAAUGCAAUAUUAUUUAUGUGAUUAAUCACAUGUGUUAACUUUGACCGCCCCAAAUUAAAGGUUAUGAUGGAGUCAUUCCAUACAACCAGAACUAUAGACUACAUUUGGAUAUGAUUGCCAUUUCUCAUUUUACUACAGCCUCAAUGAGUCCAAUAAAGGAGUGAUCAUUUCCAUAUUGUAAACAGUCAAGGAUUGUCGGUCAACUAAACUGCAUUCGCGCAGUAGGACACUCAUUUGGAUUCUUGUAAUAAAGCAUGCGCUGGCAUAAAUACACGGCAUGGCGUUGGACGUGACAGCCGUGCACCGUGAAUGUUACAAGACAAUCCAAAAAUUUGUGCAAAAAUAAUCACCAGCAGGUUUAAAACUGACAUGCGCGAAAUUCAAGUAUUUCUUUCAAAGGGAUCACAAACAUACUUAAUUUAUAGCUGCACAACAAAACACGUUUUAAUAACAACACCCUGAGUUUACUCUUUAGGCACUUACAAAAUGAAGUACACCCCUCACAUAUCAGCAUUCUUCUCAUAAGGCACUAUAGAAUUGAAACAUGGAUAUACUUAAAAGUAGUCAGUGUACACCUUGUAUAGCAGUAGAGAGAAAGAGCUGUGGUUCCAUGGGGGAAAACAUGAAUUCCAACACUCUGACAUUCUGAAACAGAGCAUGGUUCCAUGCUUUUGGUAAACCUUGCUGAGGAAGGUGAAGGUGGGCCACACCUGAACCCAACCCAGUGUCCCCUCUUCAAAUAAAGAAUAGAAGGUAGAGGAGUGUAAAGUGUCUGACAUCCACCAGCUUCAUCACUUCAUCAUGGAAGACAAUUCUAGUGACAAUCUGUGAGGGGCUGGUGAAUUACAUGGCCAAGAGAAUUAAGGCAGUCACAAUAUGUGCUCACCUAAACGUUUGUGAUGUGUACUCACUGGUGUCACCAGCUUUUUAGACAUUUAUGGCUGUGAGUUGAUUUUCAGAGGACAGUAAAUUUAAUACAGAAGUACCUCAACUUAUAAGCUUUAUUGGUUCCGUGAUGGCACUCUUAAAACGCUUGUAUAUCAAAUCACCAUCCCAUAUUGAAAUUAAUUUAAAUCAAUUAUAUUGGUACUCCCC